CCUCUCUUUCUACAUGCGAACCUGGCAUAAAAUCGGACCAAUUUAUCACGAUGAAAGAGGACCUCGUUAGCGUUGCCCAAACCGACCAUCUGGACAAGCUUCGUCAUCUCUUGGACCUCGAGAUAGCGCAGAAUCCCGAGUUCCUCACCCCGGCCAUAGAUGCCGCGUGCUACGCAGCGGCGCGCAGUAACAACCCUGCAGCGCUGGGUAUCCUCCUGGAUAGCGGCUGUUCAGUGAUGCCAGAUACAGUUAUAACCGCUCUGGCGCAAGGGCACACAGCUAUCAUAGAUUGCCUCCUUGCUCAUAACUGGAAUAUUAACGGGAGUCUCGGGCACAGUGGCGACGCUCUUAUUAUGUCAGCACAUGAAGGCCGUCUUGAGAUGGUCCAAUUCCUGCUAUCUCGCGGUGCCGAUCCGAACUCAGGUAACUGGUCAGGCGCAUUUAAUAACGCUAUUGAAAUGGCGGCUGUUUCUGGUUCGAUCCCGGUGGCUGAUGCGCUCUUGAAUGCCGGGGCGGUGUUGAAGGGGCGUUUCGCACUGAAGAAGGCGGCGUCCUGGGGACGUGUUGCCAUGGUAGCGUUCCUGCUGGAACGGGGCGCGGCGAUUGAUGAGAUCCGCGUCAACCCGUAUAUUGUGGAGGAGCCGUGGGAACGAGAUGAGAAGAAUGCGCUGUGCGAGGCAGCCUGGCGGGGACAGGCUGCGGUGGUGAAACUCUUGCUGGAAAAAGGGGCGGAUCCGAGUAUCAGAGACACAAAAGGCAGAUCGGCGUUGGAGCUCGCGAAAGCUGGAGGACAUGAGUCCUGUGUGAAGCUGCUGGACCACUAGCCUCUUUCAACAUCUGGGCAACAGUACUACCGGCCAUUGAAUUAUCAUUUCCGUCUAUAGGGGUUAAUUAGCUCGGGCCCAUAUGUCAGAAUCGCUAUUUCAAUACCCAUCCAAAAAACAGCAAGAGGGCACCCUUUUACGAUGCGCCAGCCGAUUCAAAUGGAGAUGUACAUGCAGCAAAAGAAUCAGUUGGAAAACCGUGCAUCGUUGACGC